GGGAAGUGUGUGCCCAACGCAUGGAGUGGGAGAAACGCGAAGACACCUGUGCGCUUCCUGUGUCGCAGUCGAGGGACGGAUUUGUCGACGACGCCGAUUUCAUUCACAGAGAGGUGUGCUGCGACACUACCCAAUGUGUGCUGUAAAGAUUCAUGCAACAUGCGGAAAAGGAAUGGGGACGCAGAGCCAACUCACACUCACACACGGCAUCAUCUCAUCUGCGGUGUGCCCUAAGGCUUUCAGAUGUGUUUCCCAGACUAUUUGCAAAGAUGGAGGAGUCUCUUGCUUUUCUGUGCAGAGCCCCGCACAGCAGGUGCAGAAAGCACUACCCACCUUCAACUGCUGCGUGCUCGUUUGGUUUGAACAUCACUUCUAUUUGAGUGAAGAGUUGUCAA